GGAAAGGCUGGGGAGCUGGUCGGUGCCCACGUGCCCUGGAUAAAGGGAGGCAGCCGACUUGCCCUCCUGCCUUGCAGGACGGCAUCCGGCCCAUGUGGGAGGACAGCAGAAACAAGCGGGGUGGCCGCUGGCUGGUCAGCCUGGCCAAGCAGCGCCGUCACAGCGAGCUGGACCACCUGUGGCUGGAGACACUGCUGUGUCUGAUCGGAGAGAGCUUUGCGGAACACAGCAGGGAGGUGUGCGGGGCUGUCAUCAACGUCCGUGCCAAGGGGGACAAGCUCGCCGUGUGGACCAUGGAGGCGGAGAACCAGGCGGGCGUGCUGUACAUUGGGCGUGUAUACAAGGAGCGGCUGGGCCUCUCUGUGAAGACAAUCAUCGGGUACCAGGCCCACGCCGACACGGCCACCAAGAGCAACUCCCUGGCCAAGAACAAGUUUGUGGUGUGAGCCCUGGUGCCACGCCCACCCAUGGGCAGCCACCCUGCGCUGCUCCCGGGGCAGGGGGCAGGCAGAGGCUGGCCACACCAUGGUCCUGGUCAGGGCAGGGGCAGACGCCGAUUCCCACCUGUCCUGGAGUGCAUGGGCACAUGAACGCUCUUCAGCAUGCUCUGGGGCCCAGGGGUAGCUGGGUGGGGGACAGCCUGAGGACCUGGCUUUUCCCGGUCCCCAGGGCAGCAGCAGCGUAGAGGAAACACCUGUCUCCAGUUUCCCCUGGUGUGGGGUAGGUCCUGCGGGAGGGGCCCGAGAGCAGCUGGGAAGAUGGCAGCGUACUCUGUACAGCCUGGGAAGGGGUGAGGCAGCCUGAGGGCCGACUCUGCCGCUCUGGAGGAGGGGGGUUAAGACCACUGACCAUCCAAGAGCUGGAUUCAGGCCCCGGAGGGGCUUCUCGGUGUUACACUCUGUUAAAGACCUUUAUGGGCUGUCUCUUACAAAUGUGGGACUUUGGGACCCACCCACAGGUUAAGGGGAGUGGAGGCAUGCCCCCAUCACAGGGCAGGAGGGUGAGGGGACCAUACGCCCUCACCGACACAGGGUGAUGUAGGGACGCCUGUGAGGCUCCCACCUGCUCAGCUGUGACCGUGGCCUUGGUGCCUGGCCUGCUCAGGUUAAAGUGGAAUGACUGGGAAGACCCAGCCCCCAGAAGAGAAGGAUGAGGGUGGUCUAGGCCUCACUAUGGUUU